CUGUUAGCAGAAAUAUACGUAGGAAAGCACAUGAUGGUCAGAGCAGAGAGACGUGUAGCUGGACAUGGAUCACCUGUUAGUGUUGCUGCUCCUGUGGAGCUCAGGACUUCAAACUGAAGGAACACACAGUUCUCCAGAGUCUGAUGAUAUCAGGUUGGUGGGAGUAACCAGUCGCUGUGCAGGAACUCUGGAGAUGAAACAUCUGGGAGAGUGGAGACCAGUGAAGGGGCAUCGCUGGACCCUGAAAGAAGCAGCUGUUAUCUGUCAACAUCUGGACUGUGGCCCUGCUGUUUCUGUAGAUUGGAGAUACGACUCCCCAUUAAGAUCUAUGUGGAUGAUGAACUCUGAAUGUAUUCAGUCUGAAUCUGAUCUGACGAAAUGCGUAACAUCAGAUUCCUCUUCUGCUAUCAUGAAUCUUACCUGCUCAGACUCUGUCAGGCUGCUGAAUGGUUCCAGUCUGUGUUCAGGCAGACUGGAGGUGAAGUCUAACCAGAGCUGGUCCUCAGUGUGUGAAGCUGACUUUGACCAGCAGGAUGCAGAGGUGGUCUGUAGGGAGCUCGGCUGUGGGCCUCCUUCGGCCCUCCAGGGGGCGCUCUAUGGAGAAGUGGAGGCUCCAGUGUGGAGCAAAGAGUUCCAGUGUGGAGGCCAUGAGUCUGCUCUCCUGGACUGUAGAAGCUCAGGCUCAGCUCGAAACAGCUGCUCACCUGGCAAAGCUGUUGGACUCACCUGCUCAGAGCCUGAUGAAGUUAGAAUGGUGGGAGGAGCCAAUCUCUGCGAGGGCACGGUAGAGCUGAAACAUCUGGGAGAGUGGAGACCAAUGGAACACUUUCACUGAACCCUGAAGGAUGCAGCUGUUGUGUGUGAACAUCUGGAGUGUGGAUCUGCUGUUUCCAUAGGAGUGCGAAGUGAACUUCUCGGCAGGCCUUCAUGGUGGAUCAGACAUGACUGUGUUACAUCCGUAUCUGGUCUCAGAGAGUGUGCAACACCAAGUUACACUAGCCUCAUCCUGAAGCUCACCUGCUCAGGAGCCGUCAGGCUGGUGGGAGGAGCCAGUCGCUGUGAAGGAACAGUGGAGCUGAAACAUUGGGGAGAAUGGAGACCAGCGAUUGA